GAGGCGGGACUUCCUAAGGAAACGUCAUCCGGAAGUAAACUGCACUUUCACAUUCUUGACUGAAGCCUGAAGGAGGACGAUAUGUGAGAAAAUGUAAAGAAAGAAGUCUCUAAUUGAGAGAUUUUUACCACCAGUUCACCUGAUUUCCCACAUUUUACCCGACAGAGCUGCAGCGAGACAGAAAUGGACGAGAACGGGAAACAUGCAGAUCGACCUGAACGCUCCUCAUCCGUUGCUGAACUUCCCCCUGUGAGCGUGGAUGUACGAUUGAAAGCUGAGCAUCUAUGACCUUAUUCUGGAAUAAGAAACAUGUCCUUCUUUGUGUACUGUCUAUAUCAAUACUCUGCCUCAACGGUCUCCUUUAAAACUCUUCUACCAUUCCACUAGCCAAGCAUGUGAUGAUAGUCAUCUCUUUGACUUAUGCCUAGGCUUUGGUUAGUGAAGUCACACCCCAAAUCCCCUUUACUUCCCACGUCCUCUUUAUUGUAACAUAUGCUUCUGAAGUCUCAGUCGUGUGGCUACUCAGGUUUUUUUUGGCCAUGCUCUGCAAAAGAAACUCCCUGAUUAUUUGUGGUGCUUUCUUGUUUGUGGCAUGGAAUGCCGUUCUCAUAUUUUUCCUUUUGGGACGGUCUACCUUGGGCAAUGGUAGGCCAGAGGAGCCUGGAUAUGAGAAUGGCCAAGGAGGCAAAGAGAAAGGCCAUAUUAUCAAGGAAUUAAUGCGGGUCAUUAAUGCAUUUGAAACAGAACUUGAGUCACAGAACAAAAUCCUUGUUCAAAUCCAGAAGCAUAAGUCACUGUGGGAUGAACAGGGAGGAAGCCACAUAGAUACAAAGAGUAACUCAGAUAUUGUUGAGCCAGUUCAUGUGGUCAUUCCCAUAUUGGUCAUGGCCUGUAACAGAGUGACAGUGAAACGCUGCUUGGACAAGCUUCUGGAAUACCGCCCCUCAGCUGAAAGCUUCCCAAUCAUUGUAAGCCAGGAUUGCGGACAUGCAGAGACGGCUAAUGUGAUUGCCUCAUAUGGAAGUCAGCUGACCCAUAUUAAGCAGCCUGAUUUGUCAGAUAUUGCAGUGCCUGUAGCACAUAGGAAGUUCCAGGGAUACUACAAAAUCUCAAGACAUUACCGUUGGGCUAUGAACCAGGUGUUCAACUCCUUCUCAUAUUCUUCUGUUAUCAUUGUGGAGGAUGAUUUGGAGGUGGCUCCUGAUUUCUUUGAGUACUUCACAGCCCUCUACCCAGUACUGAAAUCUGACCCAAGUCUGUGGUGUGUGUCUGCUUGGAAUGACAAUGGCAGGGAAGGAUACGUUGACCCUGGAAAGCCAAGCCUCUUAUACAGGACAGACUUCUUUCCAGGGCUUGGAUGGAUGCUCUUGAAGGACCUUUGGCUUGAGCUUGAGCCAAAGUGGCCAGCUUCGUUUUGGGAUGACUGGAUGCGCCAUCCAGAUCAACGCAAAGACCGGUCUUGCAUUCGUCCUGAAAUAUCUAGAACUUUAACCUUUGGCCGUAAAGGCGUAAGUUUGGGACAGUUUUAUGACAAGUACCUCCGCUUUAUUAAGCUCAAUACCGAAUCUGUGCCUUUUACAAAAACAGAUCUUUCUUAUUUGGAGAAAAAGAAAUAUGAUGAGGAUUUUGUAAAGGAGGUUUACAGUGCUCCUGUUGUGACCGUGGAAGACCUGCAAAGUGGCAAAUUAUCUGGGCCAGGCCCCUUUCGGGUGCAAUACUCCAGCCCAGAAAGUUUUAAAACCUUGGCGCGCAACCUCGGCGUCAUGGAUGACUUGAAGUCUGGAGUGCCGCGAGCAGGGUACAGAGGUGUGGUCAGUUUCUUUUCUCGAGGCAGGCGUGUCUACAUAGCGCCACCUGAUGGUUGGGAGAAGUAUAAUCCAAGCUGGAGUUGAGGAAGGGUGUGGCACAUCAUCUCACAUGAAAAAUGCUGUUUUUGUAGUGUGCACAGAUAUGCUAGCUGCGUUACUAUGCCUAGACUGCAGCCAAGGUAAUGCAGAUCCCAGGGAGGGCUGUUUUUUGAUGACUCCACCUUAGCAUAUUAUUGGUCACAGUCUGUGUUCAUUAAUAUGGAGCAGUCUAACAAGGCUUUAUAGUGACAUCACCAGAAAGGUCCUGCCUCUUUUGAAUUUUUUCAUGGAAAUUUUUGAUUACAAAAAUAACUGCCUGAAAAUUAGCUCUGUUCUGAAGGCCACAUUUCCCAGCAGUUUUUUUGGAGGUUUGUUUUCCCCCCAUCACACUGGACAUCAAACUAGAGCCAGAAGGGAUAAAACAGGUUAUAAAACAGAUCAGCUGCAUUUCUUAAAGGUUCUUUUACUUUGAAACAUCCUUCUAUACAAAGAGGCCAAGAAAUGCAGCCUACCUCAACUGCAGUUUAGGCUUUAGGGUGCAGCUAGUAUGAUGUCGUCCGUUGUGCUUUAUAUCACGCAGAACGCACCAGAGAAGCGCAGAAGAAAGCGUAUGGAACUUACAAGAAAAACUGAAGAACGAGAUUCCUUUGACAGUGCCAGGGUUGACAAUGACAUGAGACCAAAGAAUGUAGUGUAGAUUAUUUGACUCACAUGCCUCAGGUCAAUGUUAACAUUUUAAGUAAAGAGACAAAUAUAAAACUUCAGUGUUGGACUGUCUGGAAAAUUACACCAAGCUGCCAUUAUUAAUGUAAUUUAUACUGUUCUGUUUUGGUUUUGACAUGACAAAUAUGAUCAGAUGCUUAAUUCCAAUGUUGUGUAUGAGACAUCUUGAAAACUGUAUUCACCUGUCACUUUGCAUAUCUAUACUGUUUUAAGUGCCUUCAAACUCUCUUAGAUUUUUUUUAUUUUAAUGAUUAUAUGUGAAGUUCUAAAGUUAAUGUUAAAGUGGUGGUGGUGGUUGAUAUAUGUUGUUUCAGGCAAUUGUGUAGCUUUUAAAAAUAUAAUUGUUGGAAAGAUCAAAUGGUCACCCACAUUGACAUGAUUAUAUUGCAGUUUGGGAAUUUAAUAUGUGGCGGAAAUAAAAUAAAAAUGAAUCUUA